AUGCUCGCGACGUGGCUAUUCGCUGCGCUGCCAGCCUCCUACCUGCCGGGCUACAAGGGCCUCUUCACUCGAGACGGCGAUCUCAUCCGCGACUUGGAUAAAUACGUCCGCUCGGGUCAGCCGUGCUUCUCGCAGCUGCAGAACGAGGUGAAGAACCCGUUUGCAUAUGCCAAGACGAGCCGCGACCCACCGUGGGCAGAGGACAAUGUGUCGGUUGUCUCGGUUGUCUCCGGCCUGGCCUUUGUGGACGACGGCGAGCCACUCGCCUUGUCCAAUCUGACAUCAGACGAGGAGAUCACAAUCACGUUUUGCGUCGACCUCGCCUACGCCGGCACUAAGCUGUCCUGCCGCUUUUGGGACAUCGAAGGCGCGGAGUGGAGCGCGAAGGGCGUCAAGACGAAGUGGCCAAAGGACCUGGACGGUUGCGUCGAGUGCAAAGCGACGCAUCUGACCGAGUUCGCCAUCGUUGACGCCAAGGAAGACUGGGACUGGGGCUCCGAAAAGGGCGAUUGGGGCUCAAAGGCUGACGAUUGGGGCUCAAAAGAGGGCGAUUGGGGAUCGAAGGACGACUCUGGUCCAAAGCUGGCACCGUUCCAGCCGCCACCUCCCUCCCCAGCUGCCGACUUUGACCCCGUAUUCUGCUGCCUCGCCAUGACUGCCAGUUGCCUGGCUUGCGCCUCUGGCGUCAGCGUGGGCGAGUACUGCCAGGAUCACCCCGACACAGUGGGUUGCCCAUCCCCGCGGCCCAAGAUCCUGUGUCUUCACGGUGGAGGAGGAAGCGCCGCCAAUUUCCAGCUGCAGGCGGGCAUGGCGGCCAUCGCAGCCGACCUGGAGAGCGAGUUCGAUUUUGUCUUCGUCAAUGCGCCGCAGGACGGCACGUGGAUUCCAGACGCGCCAGACGGGAAGACCUUUUCCUCUGAGUCUGGGGAGUGGACUAUCGGCACCACCUCAGACCCGAACUGGGCGUCGGCAUCCGUCAGCCUCAUUGACCAGGUCGUCGACAGCCAGGGCCCCUUUGCCGGCCUGCUCGGCUAUUCCCAAGGAGCGGCCUUCGCCCUUUUCUACCUCUCGCAGGCACCACAGGAGACCUUUAGGUUCGUCGCCCUCUUUUGCGGCUACGAGCCGACGAACCACCUGGGACUCAUGGAAUCUGUGGACGCGCAAGGUGCGCCUUAUGGGUGGACCCCCGCGCUCAUCUUCAUGGGCGAAGGUGACACCAUCAUCACGAACGAGAUGUCACGGGCAGCUGCAGCCAACUUCAACUACCCCACCGUUGUCGUCAGCGAGAUCGCAGGGCAUCACCUUCCUAUCCCCUCCGAUGAGACGUAUUCCACCGUCGUGUCCUUCCUGCGAAGCUUGCAGUGCCCGCCGGUCUGCGAGAUAUUCUGCGAGCACGGCAACGUCCUGGACUCAAACGGCUGCCCCCUCUGCGACUGCCAACCGGAGCCCAGACUGUGCUGCCGAGCCAUGACAGCGGAGUGUAUGGCGUGCGUCGAAGGCGUGACUCAGGCAGAGUACUGUGGCAGGCAUCCAGACACGGUGGGUUGCAAGCCAGUGCCGGCGGACAGCUGUGCUGUUGACCGCGACUGCUGCGAGGUCAACGAGGGAGCAACGUGCACCACACCGCGUGGCGGCGGCCCAAAGCAGUGCGUGAUGCCCAAUGAUGCACUAGGCCGCACCGUCCAAGAGUGCUGCGAGUCGGAUGUCUGCUGCUUUUGGGACGCGGGGCCCGGCCAGGGCGCGUGUGCGUGCAUGGCCUGUAUGCAGCCGGGGAAGGACUUUUGUGGCGAUGGUGAGACCCUCGUGUCCGUCGAGGGAGCCUGCUGCGAGUGGGAUUGCGCAAAUCCUUCGAACGAGCCGCGAACAACAACCUCGGGAGAAGCGAAGGAGGACCCGCACCUCUUUUUAGCGCACGGAGGCCGCGCCGACUUUCGCGGCCGUCAUGGCGUGCUGUAUAACUUCUUCUCGGCGCCGGGCUUGGCCGUCAACGUGAAGACGGAAAAUGCGACCUUCACGCUGCACGACGGGCGCUUGACGGUCCAUGGCAGCUUCCUCACGGAGAUGCACUUGGUCGCACGCGUCGGCGGCUACAAGCGCAAGUGGGCAAACGCUUCCUUCUGGGCCUCCGAGCUGAAUCGCGACAACUGGGGGUGGCGAAUAGUGAGCGGCACUUGUGGCGGCCACGCCUUCAAGCUGGGGCGGGGCGGCUUUCGCAAGUGCGAGGAGCUCGAGAUGGAGGUGCGGAUGUCUAGCGCCACGUUUGAGGUCGGAAAUUGGACCUUCACUGCGCUUGGAAACCACGUGUACAACCGUCUCUACGGCCCGCACCACCGCUUGGACCUGGAGAUCAAUGCGAAGGGCGACGCGGCAGCCCGCUAUUCUCCGCACGGCAUCAUCGGGCAGUCCUUCGCCCAUCGGGAACCACGCAACGGCUCCGUCGAUCACUAUCCUGACGCGGGCGACUUUACGACCUCGGCUAUGGCCGAAGGGGCCAUCGAGGGCGAGGCCUCAGCUUACGAGGUUGCAAUGGCGCACGCGACUCACUUUGCCUUCUCGCGGUUCGACUCGAACGUACAGGCUGUCUAUCCCGAAUCACAACGAGCGGGGGAGAUCAUCGAUGCAGCGGCCGCAGAGUGA